UCUUCGCCAUGUAUGAUCGUGCUCCCCGCUGGCUCGAGUUGGCCCACGGUGGCAGCACCGAGGAGCACGUGGGGCCUGGGUCCUACCAGGUACCGUUCCCUAAGCAGGGGGCCACAGGUGGCUAUGCACCAUUUCUUUCUUUGAGUUCCAGAGACAGUGCUUAUGCUGUUGCCUCUGACACUGGAAAAGCUGCUCCAGGUCCAGCACACUACAAUGUAUCACAAGCACAGUAUAAGAUCAAAGGAGGCCGUAGUCUGCAAAACCGAGAGAAGCGGUUUAAGAAGGUUAUUUCGGAUGGUCCAGGACCUGCUAGUUAUGGUCAUCCUCAUCCUGGGACAUUGUACACCACAAGCAAACAGAAAAUGUCUAGAACACCUGCAGUUUCCAGAAGCAUUGAUGUUCCUUCAAUUCCCUCUUCUGGAAAGUCUCACGGCUAUCAUCUCAAUGAUGAUGACAGUAUUGAAAGACGUACACCUCCUGCUAGUGAUAACACGAUAGGUCCAGCGUACUACAAGCCUCAGUUUGAUUAUCCUAAAUCUGCUUUGAAAUACAGAGGUACCAGUUUUGGCAAUGCUACAGGAAGACAAGAAUUGCUCAAAUAUUCAGGUCCUGGUCCUGGACAAUAUGAUAUCAUCGAGAAAAGGACAUUACCUUGUGAAAAUGUUAACAUCAAGAAAGAUCAACAGCAAAAUUAUUGUAUAUUUGUCCCACGACUUUAUGAAGAAAUAGUAUUGCAGGAGGAAAAAAAGGGAGUACCAGGACCUGGAAAAUAUGAAAUUAAAAGUCAAUUUGAUAAGACAGAAAGUAUGACAGCAAAUAUAAAUGAUGAAUCUUCCGUUUUUCUCUCUGAAUCAGAGAGAUUUGCAACCAUCAAAUCAAGUGCCCCAGCUCCUGGCACAUAUAAUGAAACACGAACUGCUUUGAAGUACUCAAAGAAAAGAUCAGGAGAGAAUUGUCCAUUUGGGCAAAGUGCGGCCCGAUUCAUCCAUGACUCCAGGGCAGAGGAAAUGCCAGGUCCUGGUUUUUAUGAUAUUUCAAGCAACACUACAAUUGCCAAGGUUCGAAACAACUGCUUGAAGAAACCAAAGAAAACCAGAUUUGUUUUUUCUGCCCCUCAAACUUUGAGCAUAGCUGAGAAAGAGGUUUCCAGUGGUCCAGGACCUUGUGAUUAUCAGGUUGGUAGACUUCUUGAUGAAUUACCUAACUUGACGAAUUCAAAUGCCGCUUUCUUGUCAAGAACAGAAAGAGCUCCAAUAGUACCAGAUACGAUGAGUCCACCUCCAGGCAGCUAUGAUGUUCAGAAAUCAUAUGAUAUGUCCCAAGUUAAACACAACUACAUGCCACCUCGUAGUUUAGUGGCUAAAAUGAAACAUUCCUCCUUCUUGAGUGGAACUCCUCGUUGCAUGGGAAAAAUUGAAGAUGGGCCAGGACCUGCAACAUACAAUCCUAUUAAAAUGAAGUCUUCCGCCAUCAUCUCAUUUGUUAAAGGGACAAAGCGUUUUGAACAUUUCCCCAAAGAGUUCUCUCCUGGCCCAACGACAUAUGAGCUCAGUCCAUUUUUGAGACAUACUGUUCUGAAGAGAACGUACAAUGUCACUCUGCCAUGUUCGUCUUCUAAGAGAGGAAAUGCCUGUUGUCCAGAACAAAAAGCCAGACCAAAAUCCCGAAGAGAUAAAUUGCAGCAUUCUAACUGAUGCAUCCCAAAGGUAAUGUUUUUUAACAGAAAGGUAAGCUGGCAGUCUUCUCACAGAGGCGUACUUCCGGUAUGAUGCUGUCAUCCAUCAGCUGCUUA